CAAUAACAAAUCGAACGGCUCACUCUUUAGAUAGCACGAUAAAAGUAUCGCUCUUUAACCCUUUUUGAAUUUUGACACCAAAGUUUGCUUCUUCUUUUUUUUUUCUUAAAUUAAUUAGUUUGUAUCGUACUAAAAGUCUACACUUCCCUCCCUAUUCUUGUCCUAUCACACUGCAAACGAUCACUUCAGAAAGAAGAAAAGGCUUUCACUUUCCAUUUCAAAACAAAUUACUACUACUGUAUAAACUUGUGUUCUUUCAAAACUCAAGCUCGAGAUUGUUUUAGGAUCAGUUUGAUCAAUGGAGAGUAAUUUUCAUGAGGCCAUUGCUUUACCUCAAACGGUCGAAGCAGCAAUAUCUAGAAUCUGUCGUGAGCAAAAUCAACGGCCACUUGCCAACUCCACGAGAUGUGCUCUAGCUAAAAUAGGUGAAGAAGAAGCUUUAAGAAUACUAGAGACAAUUCAACGGUCGAGAAUUCAUUCUUCGUUUGAUGGAUUUGUUUUUUAUAUAAUACGAAACGAAGGAUACAACGGGUCUCCUCAAAAACGGCCAAGUCCUUCUACUCAAAUAAACCGGAGCCCCCAAUCUUCUCCAGUUAAAGCUUGCCGACUUAUGAUGGAUUCUCAAGUUACUUUAAGGGGAGAUGAUGAUGUUAUUCAGACCCCAGUUACUCCUGCUUUGAAUUUUGCAUCAAACGUCGUCGUAGAAGAAAAGUUUAGUCCACAGUUGAUGGCUUUGGGGGAGCUUGAGUUUAGAAAAGCGUUCCUCAUUUUAAGUUACAUUGGCUUGGAGAGGUUGGAAGAAGUAACUACUGCUGAUAAAAUUCGAAGAUUAAAAGAUUUGGCCAUGGAUAAGUUUGAGGAGGAGGUCUGGGUUUCUCUGGGCCAACAGUAUAUCACUCCGGCUGAUCGUCGGAAGUCACUUGAGUGGGAGUCUGGAAAGACGUACGAGUACCAUUGUCAUGUCUCUGAAAAUGGGAGUUGUAGGUUCAAGGGUCCUUAUAUGGACAAGACUAGUAGAAGUCACUUACAAAGGGUUUUAGGAGAUGAUAAUGUUCUGAUCGUAAAGUUUGCAAAUGCCACAGAUGGUAAAAGUUCAGCUGACAAUGAUUGUUUUGCUGAGUACAGCAAAAUUGCGAAAAGAGGAAUCCUUGUUGGUUUGCGUCGUUACCGGUUUUUUGUGUUCAAGGAUGGAGGCAAAGAAGCAAGAAAGAAAGACCCAACUUCCUCAUCUGUUAAGUGCUUAUUUGUUCGAUUUGAGUCUGAUGCAUCUGUUGAUGAUGGUAAAGAUUAUGUUCUAUCUGGGAAGACAGUUCAAGAAGCCAGAUGUGUGUUUAUGCAUGUCCAUACCCUGUCAAAUAUAGCCAAGUAUAUGGUCAGAUUUUCGCUAAUCUUGUCCAAGACCAUGAAGCUGGAAGUUAAUUUAGCUGAUGUAAAUUUUGACCCGAUAGAAGAUAUACAAUGCCAGGAUAAAGAUGGAAAUUCUGUUUGUAAAAAAGACGGGGAACCUUGUAUUCAAACGGAUGGAACUGGUUAUAUAUCAGAGGAUUUGGCUUUGAAUUGCCCAAAGAACGUUUUCAAAGGAAGCAUUGUGAAUGGUGACAUUGUUGAGGGGAAGUUUUCAGGCAUGAAUUCGACAGAAGCUCACCAUAGGGUACCGCCUCUGCUGAUCCAGUUCCGCCUUUUUAACAAUGGUUCUGCUGUGAAGGGAACCUUACUUGUCAAUAAAAAGCUUCCACCCAGAACCAUUCAGGUUCGGCCUUCCAUGACUAAAGUUAAGUCAGAUCCAAAUCUAUCAAACAUCUGCACGAGGAAUUCUUUGGAAGUAGUUGCAACAAGCAAUAAGCCAAAGAAGACUUCUCUUUCUAGGAAUUUGAUUGUGCUUCUUUGCCAUGGAGGUGUCCCGGAUGACUUUUUUAUGGGCUUAUUGAAGAAUGCACUGGAAGAGUCACAAGGUGUUUUCUCCAAUAAACGUGCAGCACUUAAAGUUUCUCUUAACCGUGGUGGCAUGGAUGAUCUUAGUGCAGCAAAAAUGAUUUUAUCAGGGAUUCCCCUUGAUGAAUCAUAUUUGCAAUAUCGGAUGUCAAUAAUGUUAAAUGAAGAAAGGAAGGGUCUCCUAGGAGGCAAACUUCCUAUCACCGAGUCUUAUUAUUUAAUGGGUACUGUUGAUCCAUCUGGAGUCCUAGAAAGUGAUGAAGUCUGCAUUAUAUUGGAUAAUGGACAGAUUUCUGGGAAAGUUCUAGUGUUCCGCCAACCUGGUGUACAUUUUGGAGAUAUACAUGUUCUAAAUGCUAGAUAUGUGGAAUCCUUGGAGGAAUUUGUAGGACUUGCCAAAUAUGCUAUAUUCUUUCCCUGUAAAGGCCCACGCUCUUUGGCUGAUGAGAUGGCUGGGGGUGAUUUUGAUGGUGAUAUGUAUUUUGUAUCAAGAAAUCCCCAGUUAUUGGAUUACUACAGAGUGAGUGAACCUUGGAUAGAAAAUUCUUCUACUUGUGGAGUGUCCAGUAAAGGACCAAGUGAGCUCUCAGAUGGGGAGCCGGAGGAUGAGCUCUUCAAAUUAUUCUUGAGAACUAGGUUUCAGCCAAGUUAUGCCAUGAGUAUUGCAGCUGAUAAUUGGCUUGCAAUAAUGGAUCGCUUUCUUACAAUAGAAGAUAGUAACUCUUCUGAGAAAGCUCUUAUGAAGAAAAACCUGCUACAAUUGAUUGAUUUAUACUACCAGGCUCUGGAUGCACCAAAGACAGGAAAAAAGGUUGAAGUUCCAGAUGACUUGAGAGUAGCUGUAUUUCCUCAUUAUAUGGAACGGGAAAAUUCUUUCAAAUCUACUUCCAUAUUGGGGAAAAUGUAUGAUUUUGUCAAAUCAUAUGGAGAAGAAAUGUCGAGGAAAGAAGUUCGAAAGCUCCCUUGUUUCGAUGUUGGCUUUCCUGAAGAUUGCCGAGAAAAGUGGACUGAACUGUAUAAGCAGUACAGGAAGGACAUGACGCAUGCCCUGGAUGGCAAGAGCAAAGAAAUGAAAGAAGAGGCUGCUAAUGCAGUUUAUAACGAAUACAAAGAGAAAUUGUACGGAGCUACAGAAUUCGAGCAGAGACAAAGGCCUCUAGAUCAAAUCUAUAAAGAGGCUCUUGCCAUUUAUAACAUUUCAUAUGAUUAUGCUAUUACAAUAGACGACGUGAGGAAAUGUGUAUUUGCUUGGAAAGUUGCAGGCUCAGCCCUCUUAAGUCUGUAUGCCUUGGAACAGGGCGAAAUGACAUUGUCAUGUGCACCUUCUGUUUUAAAAGAGCUCUUUGCUUGAAGUAAUGUCUUUUGUUAUUGGCUAAUAGCAUAUAGUUUCAAACUUUUAAGUUAAAAGAAACGUAAUAUAAUGUACAAUAUGUAGUUUAUCAUCUCCCUGAAGUAUAUGGUUGAUGGUUUUUUUUUUUUUUUUAAUUGUGGAUGAAAGCCCUCAAAAUCUCGUGGCUCAAUUAGAUGUUCUCAUACGAUUAUUUGCAUACAUCUCUCCUUUGGAUAAAAGAAUGAAAUACUUUAGCAGAUGUCAGCAGCAUGCUUGGAGUGAAUUGGUUUGGUUGCAACCAGAAAUAUUUACUUUUCCGUAGCAAUGUAGCCGUUAUGACGAGUUAGAACAUCUGAAAUCUCAUUCUUUUGUAUGAAGGGAUAAAAAGCUCUUCGUGAGACUAUUGUUUGUGGUGGUUGAAUCAUCCAUUUAGUGACACUAUGAGCUCAUUUUUUGUUGAUACCUCGACCAUUGUUCUUGCAUUGCUUCUUGGGUUGUAAAUUAUAAUGCCUUCAAUUUAGAACAACACUCUUCAAUCCUGAUGCAAUAUUCAGGCUUUAACGCUUGUGAUUGAAUUCCUUUUCGGCUUGCCCUGCCCCUAUC